AUGGGACAAAAUCCUAUCAAGAGUUUGAAUAAUGAGGAAAAUUUUCUGAUUGGACAAGCCUCAGAGAUGCUCCUGAACGGCAAGCCAGCCGGAGACAGCACACAAAAUUUCUGUACCAUUGGAAAAGUGUAUGGAAAUUAUGAAGUAAUUUCAAAGAUUGGAGAAGGAGCCUAUGGCCAAGUAUUCAAAGUCAUCAGAGUGAGCGAAGGCUCUCAUCAGCAACAACAACAACGAAGCAGCUCUCGCUUCUUCCAAAUACCUACCAGUCCUCUCAGUACCACCACCACCACCACGAGUCCAAAAGGAAGUCUUGAUCCUUCCACAGUAUUUAAACAAGAAUUUAGAAAAUCCACUGUACGAACAUAUUAUGCCAUGAAAGUGAUGGUCAUUAUGAAUGAUGAACAUUCGGCAUCGACCAAUCCUCAUAGUUUGUCAAAAAUUGAAAACGAAAUCAAUAUUCUUCGAUCCUUGGAGCAUAAGAACAUUUUGAAAUAUGUUGACCAAUUUUACUUGAAAGUGGAUUUGACUCCAAAAAUUAAAAAGGAUGCCAUUGCUCUUGUGUCAGAAUAUUGUGAAGGAGGAAGUUUGGGAGAUAUCAUUGAUUUGAAUCAAAGUAGUAACAUUCCACUCCGUAAACUGGUUGAAUGGUUUACUUGUAUGGUUGAUGUGUUAUAUUAUUUCGAACAAAAGGGUGUCAUUCAUCGUGACAUCAAGCCUGGUAAUUUAUUGUUGCAGGGGGGAGUUGUGAAAUUAGCAGAUUUUGGUCUUGCUAAAACUGUGGAAGAGGCUUCUUCAAACAAAAAUCAUACCGUGUGUGGAAGUCCUAUUUAUGUUUCUCCUGAAGUCAUGUUUAGAGCAGGAUACAGCUCAAAAGCAGAUGUUUAUUCACUUGGUAUUACAUUCCUGGAAGUAUGUUCUGGCGUUUCUCAUGAUAUGUUCAGUGAAUAUUUCAAAACCGAGAAAAUUGAUUUACAACCCCUUCUUAAUCGUGUACAGCUUUCUUCUCUUAAGACUCUAUUGUCUCUUUGUAUACCAUCCAAUCCAAGUGAAAGAAUAUCAGUGGAACAACUCCAUAGACAUCCAAUCAUUCAGGCAUAUCUUUAUCUGUUAUAUGGUAAACAACCUAAAGAUCCAAGGAAUCUGACGUUUAUCGGAGUGAUUAUUGGAUCCAUUGAACUCAUUUAUAAAUCAAGAGAAAUUCACAUGAAUGCGGCUCUAUGUAAUGCUAUUAAAUUGAUUAAUGAUGUGCUUCCCAAUCAGACAAUCCUUGAUUCCAUCUACGAAGGCGAGCACACAAACUUUAUUGGAAUUAUUUUAAAGAUGGGCACUGUAUGGAGCACUUAUGAUAACUCUGAUUUGGAGGUUGCUUGUGAACACUUUUUGAAAAAAUAUAUGGAGUCUGGUUAUCUCUACAAGCAACAUUUAGCCGAAGAAAUUGUAACAAUGUAUUACGAUUCGGAUGUCCCACAAGAAAGAUUGGAUUGGUUUUUGGAAACACAUUUACUGCAGCAUGUUGAUGGAGAAAUGGUAUCUAUGAUACUUGAAACUGUGAAAAAUGCAGAAGGAAAGUUACGACCAAACGUUGCAAAGCAACUCGAAGAGAGGCUUUCAAAAUUGGAAGUUAAACAAGAACUGGACAUUAUUGACGAAAUUUAA